UCUGUAAUCAACCAAAUGAAAAUUAUUUCCCUUACCUUCUCUUUUUCUACAACCUGUGUCUUUUCUAUUGGACACUACCUAGCCACUUUCUACCUUGUACCCACCACUCUGUAGGUUUCAUCUAUCUAUCUAUCUCUCUGUUCAAAUCUUCAUCAAAUUCUUGACUACCUAGGUUGUCGGAAGAACCAUUUUCAUAGGUUUCUACAACCAUUUUUGAUCAGAAAAAAUGGGUUGUCAUAGUAGCAAGGAGAAAAAACCAGCUAAAAUCCAUGGUGGAUCAGGGACUAGUGGUGCUGCUGUGAAUUACCACUCAGUUCCACCACCUACCUCACAGGUUCAGACUUCAUCAGCACCACCCAAACCACACUCACAAUCACAAUCACAGGUUCCAAUAGUCACCCCACCACAGAACCCAAAACCUAGUACACCCCAAAACGCUGUCAGAACGGUGCAGAAGACAGAACCUACCAUUUUGGGAAAACCCUUUGAAGAUAUCAAGAACCACUACACUUUGGGCAAAGAAUUGGGAAGAGGGCAAUUCGGGGUUACCUACUUGUGCACUGAGAAUUCCACUGGCAAUUUCUACGCCUGCAAAUCGAUUCUCAAGAGGAAGCUCGUUUCCAAAGCUGACAAAGAAGACAUGAAGAGGGAGAUUCAUAUCAUGCAGCAUUUGUCUGGCCAAUCCAACAUUGUGGAAUUCAAGGGUGCUUAUGAGGAUCGGUACUCGGUGCACCUUGUCAUGGAGCUAUGUGCUGGUGGGGAGCUCUUUGAUCGAAUCAUUGCCCAGGGUCAUUAUUCUGAGAGAGCUGCUGCGUCGAUUUGCAGAGCCAUUGUCAAUGUUGUGCACAUUUGCCAUUUCAUGGGGGUCUUGCAUCGCGAUCUUAAGCCGGAGAAUUUCUUGCUUUCUAGCAAGGAUGAUGGAGCAGCGCUCAAGGCUACUGAUUUUGGACUCUCUGUCUUCAUUGAAGAAGGUAAGGUUUACCGUGAUAUGGUAGGCAGUGCUUACUAUGUUGCCCCUGAGGUACUUCGUCGCAGUUAUGGAAAGGAAAUAGAUAUCUGGAGUGCAGGCAUCAUAUUGUAUAUUCUCUUGAGUGGUGUGCCACCAUUUUGGGCUGAAACUGAAAAGGGAAUAUUUAAUGCCAUAUUGGAAGGUGAACUUGACUUUGAAAGUGAACCAUGGCCGUCAAUAUCAGACAGUGCUAAAGAUUUAGUCAGGAAGAUGCUGACACAGGAUCCUAAGAAGCGGAUUACUUCUGCUCAAGUCCUUGAACACCCAUGGAUGAGAGAAGGCGGAGAGGCAUCUGAUAAACCAAUUGAUAGUGCAGUUCUAUCUAGAAUGAAACAAUUCAGGGCAAUGAAUAAGCUCAAGCAACUUGCGUUGAAGGUCAUUGCUGAAAAUCUAUCAACAGAGGAGAUCAAAGGUCUCAAAGCAAUGUUCGCCAAUAUGGAUACUGACAAUAGUGGCACCAUCACCUAUGAAGAACUGAAGUCAGGCUUGGCUCGAAUUGGAUCACGACUGUCUGAGACUGAAGUGAAGCAACUCAUGGAAGCUGCUGAUGUUGAUGGAAAUGGGUCAAUUGACUAUCUUGAAUUCAUCUCAGCGACCAUGCAUAGGCAUAGACUUGAACGGGAUGAACAUCUUUACAAAGCAUUCCAAUAUUUUGAUAAGGACAACAGUGGGCAUAUUACUAUAGAUGAACUGGAGACUGCCAUGACACAGCAUGGAAUGGGUGAUGAAGCAUCGAUAAAGGAAAUAAUUUCUGAGGUGGAUACAGACAAUGAUGGGAGAAUAAACUAUGAGGAAUUCUGUGCAAUGAUGAGAAGUGGAAUGCCACAGCAUGGAAAAUCUACUCAGUGAGUCAAUUUUACUAGCUCGAGUGAUUAAUCAUGACCGCCAAUUGGUUCAUUGACAUUGUUGGCAAGAGAACCAUUGUCUUGAGGAAUAUGUAACCGGACACUUCAUGGAUUGGUCAUUUCUUUGAAGUUCUUUCCCAAAUUUUGUACAAGGUUGCUUUUGGAGUAUUUGUUUGUUAUGUACUUCUGUACAUUUACCCUCCGGCUGUCACAUAUUCUAAGUGGAUCAAGAUCUCAUGUUGACAAA